UGAUUCUGCGGCAGCAUGGCGUCGGAAGAUGGGAAUCCCCGAGUUUUCUUUGACAUCGCGGUCGAUGGUGAUUCCAUUGGCAAGGUGGUGUUUGAACUGUUCAAGGACAAAUUACCUAAAACAGCUGAGAACUUCCGUGCCUUAUGUACAGGUGAAAAAGGAGUAGGAACAACAACAGGAAAGCCUCUACACUUCAAAGGAUGCCCAUUUCACAGAAUCAUCAAGGAUUUUAUGAUCCAAGGAGGAGAUUUCUCCAACCAUAAUGGCACCGGUGGAGAAAGCAUCUAUGGAGCUAAGUUUGAUGAUGAAGGAUUUCUUUACAAGCAUGACGUUUCAGGUCUACUUAGCAUGGCAAACAGUGGACCCAACACCAAUGGGUCUCAGUUCUUCAUCACUACAGUGCCCACACCACACCUUGACGACAAACACGUCGUGUUCGGUAAAGUCAUCAAUGGAAUGGGCAUCGUGAGUGAGUUGGAGAAUGUGGAGAAAAAUGGAGAGAAACCAGUCCAGGAAUGUGUAAUUUCUGACUGUGGGGAGCUCCUCCCUGGUGAGGAUUUCCAGAAAACCAAAGACGACGGAACAGGAGACACUUAUGCUGACUUCCCUAUAGAUGCUGGUCUGGACUUCUCUCUGAAAGACAACAAGGAGAAAAUAAUAGAAAUUGCUCUUGAAAUCAAGAAGAUUGGAAACACAUUGUUUAAGGAACAAAAGUUUGCCAAAGCCAAGAGGAAGUACAGAAAAGCUUUAAGGUAUCUACAUACGAUGAGUAAUCAGAUGUCUCUACCAGAACAAGAAGAAGAAGACAUUGGCCGCACACAUAUUCUACCAUUCUUCCUUAAUCUAGCAGCAUGUAAUUUGAAAUUAAGUGAAUAUGAAGAGGCAUUUGAAAACUGUCACGAAGUAUUGGAGAAAGAGCCUACAAAUGCAAAAGCUUUAUUCAGAAGAGCUCAGGCCCAAAACGCACUAAAGAACUGGGAUGAUGCCGUAAUUGAUCUUGAAGCAGCAUUAAAAUCUCAACCUGAAGAUAAAGGCAUAAUGAGAGAGCUUCAGAAGACAAAAAAGAUGAAAGAUGAUUACAAGAAUCAACAAAAGAAAGCAUAUUCCAAGAUGUUUGCUUCCUGAAGUCUGUGACACAUAUACCAUACAACAUUAAUGGCCAUAGUCCAUUUUCGCUAUGAAAACGAUAUUUACAAUUUUACAGCAACAGACAUGAACAUUUGUUGAAUAAACAUCACAAUCCUCGAGAUUUGAUGGGAAAACGUUACCUUAAGAAACAGUUGUCAUUCAAACAGUAUAUGUACCAUCUUCACUGGAAUGGACAACCAAGGAUGGAUACACAAAGACUACUUCGAUAGAAAUGUGUCCAGGCCCUUUAUUUGUCAGAUGUGACAUUGUCAUCUAUGAAAUGCAUUUUGUGUAGACUUCAUGAAUAAAUUGAAAAUAUAUA